AUGGUGGGCCCGGUGGCGCCAUGGCUGCUACUCCUCCAGCUUGCGGUCUUAUUUCUGGUUUGCAAAGUUGAGGCCUACAACCACCCCUACCAACAACAGAAUCGCCACCCACCGUACCAGCCCCAGCAGCGGCACCAAACCACGGCCAGCCAUCAACAGCAUUUGCAGCAGCAGCAACAACAACAGCAGCAACAGCAACGGGCUCAACAACAACAUCAACAACAACAAUUGCAGCAACAACAGCUCCAACAGCAACAACAGCAACGCUACGCCGCCCAGCAGAAUCACCCGAAUCGGUAUCCCCCUCAAAAGCCGGCGUAUCAGCAGAACACCCAAUCGCCAAAUUCCGUGACCGCCUACGACACUCCAUAUCCAGCCUAUCCACACCACAUCCCGCAACAACAAACGCCCACCUGCGACAUACCACCGGAUCUCUGGUGCGACUCGCCGCAGUCGGCGCAAACGUGCAACGUGCAGCGACAAUGCGACACGCUGAAGCGCUCGCAUAAGAAGCUGAAAAUCUCGUUGAUGUAUGAAGCGUUGUGUCCUUAUUGUCAGAAAUUUAUCGCAAACCAGCUUGGGACAAUCGUCAACCAAUUCCGAGGCCAAUUCGAGCUCGAGCUCGUGCCAUGGGGAAAUGCGAGGAUAGCCAGGGAUGGACAAUUCUCGUGCAACCACGGCAAAAAGGAAUGCGACGCGAACAGACUACAGUCAUGUGUGAUCGACAUUUUGGGGACCCAGCAAGCCCUCCCCUUCAUCGUCUGCUUCGAGAGGGCUCUCGGGACGUCCUCGGUGGAUGCUUCGAUAAAUCAGUGCAUGGCCUUCGUCAGGAAUCAGCAUCGGCAAAUACGACACUGCUACGAUUCUGCGCGCGGGAUGCAGCUUCAACGAGAAGCCGCGCAGAAGACAAUGUCAUCAAGACCGAAUGCGAUCUUGGAGGUACCAUACCUCCUCAUCAACGACUACACACCUGACCAAGAUACGAACAAUUUGAACGUGCUCAUGUUGCCGCAGCUACUCCAAAAAUGGGUCAAGCUUUAUCGAAAA